AUGACAGAUACCUCCUCCCUCGCCAUCACGCACGCCACAACGGAUUCCUAUCCGGUCCACGCCCACCGCGGGUUCCCUGCCGCCGUCGACGGCGCCGCCUCUGACUCCGGCGCACCCGAUGAAGAACCUUACACCAUCAAAUGCAUUUGUUCGUUCGAUGAAGAUGAUGGCAACACGGUCUUCUGCGAAGGGUGCGAGACAUGGCAGCACAUCCUCUGCUACUACCCAGACAAAAAAGUACCAGAUGUGCACAACUGUGUCGACUGUGAGCCACGGCCCCUUGAUAAUCGUCGUGCCCACGAACGCCAGCGGCUGCGGCGGAUCCGAGAGAAAAGCGAGGACGGUGACCGGAAGUCAAGACGAUCUGGCCCUAAAACACACAAGAGAAAGUCCAAUGAUGCUGAUGGGAAUGCCUUCGGGCAUAGACGACAUGAUUCGGGUUCCCGUGAGCAGCCACCAUCCAAGAAAGCAAAGGUGUCUCGUCACCCAUCGGCCUCACUCAGUGGUAUUUCGGCUCCCCCGGGUUUGUUGACUGAAUCACGAAACCGUCGAUCCUCCACAUCAGUUGCGAUGAGCCCAACGGGCAUCCCUGGCCCCCCUAUUCCCCAUUACUCGGACGAAUUUCUCUCUCUUUACGACCGCGAUGAUCAAUUUGUUGAAUCGAAGACUAUUCUCAAUUACGGCGUGGACUUUGUCAAUGAAAUUGUUGCAUGGCUGAAGGACCCACAGAUCUUGGCGCGGGUUGCCGAUGGGAUCAGUGUUGAAGACUUCGCCAAACGAUCCGAAGAGGCCAUGGAUCGGUCUCGCUGGCCCUCGUUGACAACAGAAACCAUCACAGACUCGACAAUUGAGAUCGGUGGUAAGCACCCAAUCCACAAGAUCUUGAAGACGAAAGAUCCAAUCCAAAAGGAUGAUGUUGUCGGUGAAAUCUUUGGCAAAUUAGGCCACGUCAAGGACUACAAAAAGCUCGGCAGCAACCGAUGGGAGGAAUUGGGGCACGCUAUGCCCUUUGUGUUCUUCAAUCGGCAGCUAGACUUAUACAUCGACAGUCGUCAGGAAGGAAACGAGCUCCGUCACGUCAGGCGGUCAUGUGAUGCCAACGUUUGGUUGAAAAUCUACAUCACCAAUGGGCGACAGUACCAUUUUUGUUUUGUCGCCAAAAGAGACAUUCCUCCAGGCUCGGAAAUUACCACCAUGUGGCACUUCGAUGAAUCUUUCUUUCCCUGCGACACGACAGUAAAAGAGGAGUUCAAGGACAGGGUGGUAGAUCCGAAGGACGCCGCUAUUUGCAUUAGCACCACACUGGCCAACUUCGGCGGUUGUGCUUGUGGAAAUCCUCAAACUUGUGUACUCAACAAGCUUGAUCGUCGCGCCAAGCCCCCCGGAACCAAACGGGUCAAGGCGAGGCUCAAGGGCAAGGGUAAAAAGUCAAAAUCCCUCGGUCUUUCCACUGAUAUCGGUCGCGGCGGCAGUGAGACCACCAAGCAUCCUGACGAGCAUGAUCCCCCAACCGACGCCAGAUCAACUUCUGGUUCCGCGCGUGGUCGACAUACUGCCAGUCGCGAUCUCAGCCCCACAGCUCAGACAACACUGCCAGAGCUCUCCAGUCGCGAAAGACGUAAAAUAGCGGAUGCCGAGAAGCAGUUUCAGCAACUAGAGCAGCUGAGAACUGCUAAUCCCAAAAGGAAAAAGCGUUCUCUGGGCCCUCCGACAAAAUCCACCUCAGCAACAGUCUCGAGCUCCACUCAAACUGAUGACGACUUCAAACCCUACCACGAGCCUGGCCCAUCCCGGCGAUCUGAGCUGGCAGGACAAUCGUCCCGGCGUCAAGGCAAUUAUGUCAACGCUCAGACUGAACUUUACGCUGAUGACGUUGAGCGCUCCUUUUUGCGCGCAGAACGUUUGAGGCGAGGAUACAGACUUGACAUGAUCCACCCAUCACUUAUGCUCAAGAUUCGGUGGUGCGCGGGCCAUCACAACAAAGAGGACUGGGCUCAGCGCAAUGCAUGGGAGGCCGGCGACUUCAGUGUCGUGCCAUCCGGGGUCCUUCCCUGGUGGUACGGAUGGUUUCCUCUCCCAGUCGACGACAGGUCUCAUAUCGAGUUGCUCAGGGAAGAUUCCGACAGAAUGGGAAUACCUGCUGAUCACGGUCCCCUUGCGAUGCCCCCUCGGUGGUCUUUCCACCAGUCAAAGUAUCCCCAGCCUGAAGUCAAAUAUCAUGGCAUUGCGAUCAGAGGAAUGCAUUACGAACCUCCGGCACGACCUCUCCAGGGUGACGUGGAUAUUCGGAGUCCUGCUCUCCCCCAAAAUCCGGAAUAUUCCUUGUCUGGGUCCAGCAGUGGUCCACUCAAGCCGCAAGUUCCGCCCUAUUCUCCAUCCAUUGCAGCGCAUAGCUUUAGAAUUCCCGGGGCUGGCAAUCGUCGGAAUCUGCAUGUUUCCAUGCCUCCACCAAAGGCCUCGAACAUCCCGUCAGCGCUCAGUCCUAGCUCCCUGUCGACAGGAAGUCACGCAUCACCUAGUCCUCAUGACACAGCUUCCCCAAUUUCUCUCACGCCAUCUUCUGGCUCUGCACUUGCAGCCACCCCUGCCAAGAAGAAACUCAGUCUGGGUGAUUAUCUGAUUCGGCGUGGUACAAUGGCAACCACUCCAACUUCGGAACCAGCUCCUCCCCCAACUCCUGGUCCGCCUCCUGGCGAUUCUAGUCUUCGCACCCAACAUUUUCUGGCCAUCACGACGGUGUUUGGAGAUAAUCAUCAAUCUCCCCGCAAAACCGAACCUGGAGGCGACAAGAACGAACCCUCUGACUCUAUGGAUAUCUCUAUGGAGGAUGCACCAGAGACAACGCCCACCAAAAACCCUUCCAUCUCCUCGUAA